UGCUGUUAGCCAUGGAAGCUCUUUUAAUCUUCUUCUUCUUCUUCUCUCAUGCAUGGAGCUUCAUCAUUUCCAUUCAUUUCUAACCCAAAAAAAAAAUUAAAAUUUUAAACCCUCUUCUCCCCUUCGUCAUUCAUUCAUUAUUAUAAAUAAUACCUUCAUUUUCAUAUAAUCAUAUCCUAAUUCCCAAAAUGGGUUCAAUCAAUUGGCUUGGCUUCUCUCUUUCCCCUCAACACCAACCCUCCGACCACUCUCAUGCCGCCGCUGCCACUGCCGCUGCCGCCCCCUUCACCUCCGACCAAAUCUCCCCCUCCGAUGUCUCCGCCGUCUGUUUUGACAACCUUCCUUCUUCCUAUGGUGUUUAUGAACCCUUCAACGGCCGCAAUAAUCACUCUCAAGAUUGGAAUAGUAUGAAGGGUUUAGGGUCGACUCAAAGUUCGGAUUUUUCGGCGUUAAUCGAAACUCAACACCAACCAAAGCUUGAAAAUUUCCUCGGCCACCACUCUUUCACCGACCAACACCCCGCUGCUGCCGUCUACACCGAUGCAUCUGCCAACUACAUGUUCCAAAAUUGUUCUUUGGAGCUUCCAUCGGACGCUAGUGGCGAUGGCGGUGGUGGAAGACCCAACGCCGGUAACGGAAACGCCAACAACACUAGCUCUAUUGGGUUGUCUAUGAUUAAGACAUGGCUGAGAAAUCAACCGGCGCCGCCGCAAGCGGUGGUCAAGAACGGCGGAGAUCACGACGGUGCAGUUGGAAUAGGUAAUAAUAAUAUCACAAGCGCACAUACUUUAUCGCUGUCGAUGAACACCGGUCCCCCACUGCCGCCGUCCCAGUCCUCCUCUGGCUCGGCGGCUCUACCACUUCUGACGGCCAACGGCGGCGAAAGCUCCUCCUCCGAUAACAAACAAGGCAAAUCUUCCGGCGCCGAGCUGGAGGCGGAAAACGGCGCCAUUGAAGCUGUCCCGAGAAAAUCUGUCGAUACAUUCGGACAAAGAACUUCAAUCUACCGCGGUGUAACCAGGCAUAGAUGGACAGGAAGAUAUGAAGCUCAUCUAUGGGACAAUAGUUGCAGAAGAGAAGGACAAACAAGAAAAGGAAGACAAGUAUAUUUGGGAGGCUAUGACAAAGAAGAAAAGGCUGCAAGAGCCUACGAUUUAGCAGCACUUAAAUAUUGGGGUACCACAACCACAACAAAUUUUCCAAUUAGUGAUUACGAAAAAGAGUUAGAAGACAUGAAGCACAUGACCCGGCAAGAGUUUGUUGCGUCUCUAAGAAGGAAGAGUAGUGGGUUUUCUCGAGGAGCUUCCAUUUACCGUGGUGUAACAAGACACCACCAGCAUGGGAGAUGGCAAGCAAGAAUAGGGAGAGUUGCGGGGAAUAAAGACCUCUACUUGGGAACUUUCAGUACACAAGAAGAAGCAGCCGAAGCAUAUGAUAUAGCAGCCAUAAAGUUCAGAGGACUAAAUGCAGUGACUAACUUUGACAUGAGCCGUUACGACGUAAAAGCCAUUCUUGAGAGCAACACAUUACCCAUCGGCGGCGCUGCGAAGCGCUUAAAAGACAUCGACCACUCCGACAUCCCCCUCGACCCCCAACGAACAGACGACGCCAUAACUUCACAUCUCUCUGAUGGAAUAAUUACCACCACCACCGCUCCCUAUAGCGGCGGUGGAUGGCCCACUCUCGCCUUCCACCACCACCACCCCUAUGCCUUCCACUACCCCUAUGCUACCCCACAACAACGGUUGUGGUGCAAGCAAGAACACGACGCCACUGCCAUCUCUGCAGACAACUUCUUCCCACACGGUGGGGCUAUGGACUCAAUGGACCACAGCUCGGGGUCGAGCUCCGUGGUUUACAGCGGUGGUAAUGGAGAUGGGUACACCGGGAACUUCCUGAUUCCAAUGGGAGCGGCAGGGGCGGAAGGGAGCAGUGGCAACACCAACGGCGGAUUGGGAGACAUGGGAGAAGUGAAUUUAUUUGGUGGUUGUUCUAACGUAGAUGAUCCAUACAAUGCAACAAGAACGACCAAUUUGUAUAAUUAUCAUAACUCCUCUCAUCAGUUGCAACCGCCGCCGCCGUCUUCCGGGCUGCAAGGUUCUAGCUGCACCAACUGGUUUCCUCCGGCGAGGCCGGUUUGUCACGGGGGAGCUCCGCCACCUUUCACAAUUUGGAAUGACACUUAGAAAAGGAAAAGAGAAGGAAAAGGGAUGAUGUAUACUAUCCUAUCACCUGAUUUUGUUCCUUUUUAUUUAUUUUUUUUGUUAAUCUCUUUUGGUUUAUGCUAACUUAAUUACAU